UCCCAAACCACAAUUGAUAAAAUAUGGUGAAGAACUCCACAACACAAUACAAUUGCAAGCUUAUUCCACAGGCAGGCUGCAGUUAUACGAUAUGCUCAACAGAUUCAGAGGCACUCACACUUGCAUAUUUCACGGCAAUGGCUUCGAUUUUUACAGUUUCAGGUCUCAAUUUCUCUACUCAUCAACCUCUACUCCUGCCCCGACCCAUUUCUUGGUUAAAUACCUUGUUGAUUCUCUCGGAUUUUCCAAUGAAGAAGCUGCUUCUACUUCUUCCAAGGUAAUUUCAUUGAAAUCCUUAAAGAAUCCUCAUUUAGUCAUCAAUUUCUUGAAACAAACCGGUUUCGACAACACCCAGAUGAAAAAAAUGGUUUCUAGAGUACCCAAAUUGCUAAUCCGUGAAGUUUCCAAAACCCUAAAACCCAAAUUUCAGUGCCUUAUGGAUCUCGGGUUAUCCGGGUCGGACCUGGUGAAUGUAAUUGCUAAAGAUGCACAUAUUAUUGAUAGAGGUUUAGAUACUCAUUUGAGACCUACCAUUGAUUGCCUUAGGAGAACUUUGGGUAGUGAUGAAAAUGUUGUUAAGGCGUUAAAGAGAGAUCCUUGGUUGCUUACUUUUGGUCCUCAGCGUACUAUGGAGGCUAAUCUGUUGUUGUUGAGAAACUAUGGUGUUCCUGAUGUGAGGAUUAAAAAACUCCUACUUAGAUACCCUAGGUAUUUUUCACAAAAGCCUGAGUGGAUUAAGGGUUUGUUGCAUAGGGUGGAAAACGAUUUUCGAGUUCCACGUGAUUCCCCUAAUUUUCUUUAUGGAUUUCAAGUGUUAUCCUGGCAAAAGAAGUCUACCUUGGAUAGGAAGUUCGGAAUUUUCAAGAGUUUUGGAUGGUCUGAUGAUGAUAUACUCCACAUGUUCCGGAAGCUACCGCAUUGUGUUAGCCUCUCAGAAGUUAGAAUUCAGGAAAAACUGAAUCUUUUAAUGGAGGAGCUUAGUUUUGAAUCUGCUUACUUGGCUUCUCACCCUGCAAUUUUGAGCUAUAGUUUGGACAAAAGGGUGGUACCUCGGAUGCAAGUCUUGAAAAUUUUGGACGAAAAGAAGCUUGCGAGGAGAAAGAUGAUGCUCUAUACUGUUCUGAGCUUAACAGAGAUAAAGUUCAUAGAGUAUUUUGUUCUGCCUUACAAGUAUCAAAUACCUGAUCUGUAUGGGCCACUCAAGAAAACUGUUCUUCCUUAGUACAUUUUGUUUACUUUUUGCACUAAGGGUGCCCAGAUCUUUCUUAAAUUAUCAGUCAUAGUUCAAUAUAUUUUUGCUUUUCUCUUUUCAGUUUGAAUUCUGAAAAACAGGGUCAGUGUUGCCAAGAAUCAUUUAUGGAGUUGGGGCAUAGUUUAUUGAA